AAAAGGAUAAAAGUAAAAAGUAUUAUAAUUAAAAUUCUAACCUAAAAAUUUGACAGAUAAUAUUUUCUAUGCCUCAAAAUCAAAAGUAAACAGUAAUUUUUUUAUUAAAAAGAUUUAAAUAAGGGAAAAUUGUUUUUGAUAUUAUUACGUCUUCGAGAAAUUUCUUAAAAAUGGGUGAAAGAAGUUUGACUGUCGUCGACGAUGGUCGUCACUACUGUAAUGAAUUUCCAGAUUUUUCCAUAAAAACUGCAACGUCAAUAAUCGAUCUCAAUAAACAGGAAUUUCAGGACACGUUCAAAGAAAAAUUGUCAGAGAAGAUAAAAGACUUGGUACAAAAAUUUGAGAAGAACAAAAAAAAAUGGUACAGCAUUGACGAUCAAUCGGUUUACACUGGAUUAUCUGGCAUCGCAAUGAUGUUUAACUACUAUGGAAAUAAUUUCGAUGAUCCAAUUUAUAUUUCCAAAGCAGCCGAAAUGGUUCACAGUUGUGUUUCUAAAUUGAACUCCAGAAGACAAGUAACUUUCUUAAUCGGAAGUGCUGGACCACUGUCUUUGGGAGCUGUUUUUUAUGACAAAAUCGAUAAAGAAGAAUCUCGUGCAAUGCUUUUAAAAUUAAAAUCAUUGUCGGACUAUGUUUUGGAGGAGAAUGAACAUUUGCCGGACGAAUUGCUUUAUGGCAGAGCUGGAUACUUGUAUUGUCUUUUGUUUGUUAACAAAAAUAUAACGCCUUCGCCAUUUGAUGAUUCUCUUAUUAAACAGGUGGUGCAAUCGAUUUUAAAGUCUGGUAGAGUUUAUUCAGAGCGACAGUCCAGCGAAUCGCCAUUAAUGUACGCUUGGCAUGAUUCCGAAUAUCUUGGUGGAGCUCAUGGUUUAGGAGGAAUUUUAUAUUUGUUACUACAAGCUCGUGAAUAUUUGACAGACAGCGAGUUGAAAAACGAAAUUGAACCAUCUUUAAAGUUUCUGCAGAAAUUGAAGUUUCCUUCUGGUAAUUUCCCUUCGUCUUUGGGAAGGGAAUCUGAUAAAUUAAUUCACUGGUGUCAUGGCGCUCCUUCUAUGACCAUGUUAUUUACCUUAGCAUACAAGAUUUUUGGAAACGAGGAUUAUCAGAAAACUGCCCUGGAGUGUGGAGAAGUAAUAUGGAAACGAGGACUAUUAAAAAAAGGUUGUGGAAUAUGUCAUGGUACUGCUGGAAAUGCUUAUUCCUUUUUAAAUCUCUAUCAAGAGACCAAGGAUGUGAAAUAUUUAUACAGAGCAUGCAAGUUUGCAGAGUGGUGCUUUGAUUACGAGGCACAUCAAACAAAAAAUUCCGAUCGUCCUUUCUCACUAUUUGAAGGAUCGGCAGGAACAAUUUACUUUCUUAUCGAUUUACAAAAUCCACUGCAUGCGAAAUUUCCCGGUUUUACUUUAUAAAAGUCACUAUCAUAAAAUGGUACGAUACUUUGAAAGUAUUAAAUAAUUUUUAAACCAGUUUUUUAAUACAAAAAUAAAAAUAGAAUACAUAGAA